AUGACAUUCGUGGCCAGGUGGCCUCGCCUAGGCCGAGUAAACGGUCUUCACGUGGUUUUGCCCAACAAAUUUGACCAUUUUGGCCUCUUAAAAUCCUUUGCUUGCCACUUGCGUGGAGAAGACAGGCAAUGGAAGCCACGGACCUGUCCCCAUCGCAUGAUUACUGGGAAUUCAGAAGUAGAGAGGGAUGCUGUUAUAUCCGCCACACAGAUAUGGCCGCAUCUAGCGGAUCAGAGGGGCCUGUCUACGGCUCUAACGUCGCGUGAAUUUGCCAAUGGAUUCGCAAAUAGGGGAGGAAAAGCACGGCAGCGCCUGCGGAUGCCGCAGGUGAAGGGCCUGCGCACCCAAACUGGCGAAUGCUCGCAGCCAGAGGCCGCGCCUUCGAACUGCGGCUUCAGCUAUUCAAAAUUUGUUCGAAAGUGCUCCGACUGGCUCACAGAUCGGCAGCUCGAGCGCGUGGCCGUCCGCCUCAAGGCGUACAAAGCGCUGAAGAAAGCGCCAAGGGCUCACAACAAGCUCGCAGUGAUACGAGAUAUUGGAAAGAUCGUUCCUAAAGAACAUCAAGCGGAGCUCACUAAACUUCUGUCAGAAAGCCUCGACCUCGUAGAUCCUCACCACUUCCUCCGCCUCUCGAAGGCUUCGGCGGAGCGCAUCUACACAAAACGCAUUGGGGAGUUUGUGGUGGACUGGAAAGACCCCUCAAUUCCAGAAGCUGGCAGCAGAUCAAAGAACCUCGUCUUCCUCUCCAACCUUCCUCAUGCUCCUCGAGACGUUCUUACGGAUUGUCUUUGCAAAGCUUUUUCUGGCUGUGGAAAGAUUAAAAGGGUGGAAAUAUUUGACGACAGAUUGCGAACUCUCGACCAAACAGAAGAUAAUACGAUGCAAGCCAAGGGAGAAAAAGCCAUUAGCGACAAAUUAGAAAAGCGAUUCUCUCCGAUUUUCGCCCUAGCUGAAUUCAGCUGCGUUGAAGAGAAGCAAAAAGCCUGCUCCACAUACCUUCGCACAUUCGGGGUCCCUUGCAUCGACCGUCUUGUAUAUCCCGAGGAUGCUGCAGUGAAGACUACGCUAAUAGCCACAAAUUUACCUUUUGUUUUGACUGCCGAUGAAAUUGCACGUAUAUUAGCAUUCGCAUUAGUUUAUGAAGCGGACACUGCUUGUCCGUAUCCCGGAGGUUGCCGCCUCCGAAUGACAAAUCCCCGCCUAUUCGGAUAUGAGCACGUGUUUGUCGAGGCGCGCUCCGACACGGCGGAACCUUUCUUUGUGCUGCCUCCCCACAAGAAAGGACCUGACGGGGACGUCGAUGGCAUCGUUCUUGCAAGCGGCUCGGUGCUCCAUGACCAGAGAAAGACCAAACCAAAGAUAAGCCAAUAUCCAGUGGGAAACAGCCAACCAAAUUUAUUUGUCAAUAUGCAGAGAAUCGCAGGUGAUAACACUGCGGAAGUAGACCUCGCUCACUCUACAGAAACACGCCAGCAUGCUCCAUUGGCAGCACUGGGAAGCUGUACGGCCAGCAUACAACAGAACGGUUCGCAUGCUGCCAUAUCUGCAACGCUAGACGAAAAUAUCUUCAUCCCCGUUCAUCGAUCACCCAUUGAAGUUGAGAAUAAAAAUGAAAUCCGCAAGACUUCUGACUACUCCAAAAAUAACUUUGAUCUUGGUAGACAUGUGGUGAAAAAGCUCCUAAUGAAUCGCUUAGUUCUGAACAACGAUGGAAUGUUCGUUCUCCGCUUUGCCUCAUUCGAAGCUGCAGAAGCAGCUGUUCGCAAGUGUAGAGGUGCUGUAAUAUACGACUCAAAAGCGCUGCUCCUAUUUUCGCCUCGUCGAUGUGUUUAUCACAACGGACAGCUUGUGGACUUCGUUAUACCGGAGGGAAAUUUCGCUAUCGAAUCUAAGAAUUACAGUGCACGCGCAUAG